AUGCGAGAAGAGGUAAUUGGAAGGCAGUGGAUGCUGAUCGAAGCUGCGGCAUGCGCUUGCCUGCUGAAUAUGGGUAGCUCCUUCCCCAGCUACGUCUUUUUCCUCUCCGUCCGACCAAGCCCUAAGGUUGCGACACAACUGCAGCACUCCACACCUCGUAUUGUGCACUCGACCCUCCACAGCGCUGGCUGA